CCCUUAGGAUUCCACUGCUCCGCAGAAUCUCGGCCCGGAGCUGGGAAUACCGGUGGGGUGUCAUGUGCAGGGCCGGCUAGACGGCUGGGGCAGGGAAACAUUUGGUCCAAGUGUAGAGAGGCAGAGAAAGCUGUGUCUGGGACCAUGACAGCCUCCCGCCUGGACUUUGGGGAGGUGGAAACUUUCCUGGACAGGCACCCAGAGUUGUUUGAAGAUUACUUGAUGCGGAAGGGAAAGCAGGAGAUGGUGGAGAAGUGGCUGCAGAGACACAGUCAAAGUCAGGGGGCUUUAGUGGCUGGCACAAGCGGCGUGGCUCACGGCGGUGGCAGAGGUAGUAGCAGCAGCGUUGGUGAUGGCACCGGACCAAAUGUCUCUGCUAGCAGCCAGCACACUCCGGGUGGUGGGGACUCAGGGGGGGUUCCCCUGAAUCCCAGCUGGGCCAGUGGCAGCCGCAGCGAUGGGAGCCUGCAGCGGAGAGCUUCUCAGAAAGAGCUAAGGAAGAGUUUUGCCCGCUCCAAGGCCAUCCACGUGAAUAGGACCUACGAUGAACAAGUGACCUCCCGGGCCCAGGAGCCCCUGAGCAGUGUGCGGCGGAGGGCACUUCUCCGGAAGGCCAGCUCCCUGCCCCCCACCACUGCUCACAUUCUCAGUGCACUGCUGGAAUCGCGGGUGAAUGUGCCUCAGUACCCCCCUACCGCCAUGGACUACAAGUGCCACCUCAAAAAGCAUAAUGAGCGUCAGUUCUUCCUGGAACUGGUCAAGGAUAUAUCCAAUGACCUUGACCUUACCAGUCUGAGCUACAAGAUCCUCAUCUUUGUCUGUCUCAUGGUGGACGCUGACCGCUGCUCUCUCUUCCUGGUGGAAGGGGCAGCUGCUGGCAAGAAGAGCUUGGUCUCCAAAUUCUUUGACGUGCACGCAGGAACCCCACUGCUGCCCUGCAGCUGCACAGAAAACUCAAAUGAGGUGCAGGUCCCGUGGGGCAAAGGCAUCAUUGGCUAUGUCGGGGAGCAUGGAGAGACGGUCAACAUUCCUGAUGCCUACCAGGAUCGCAGAUUCAAUGAUGAAAUUGACAAGCUAACUGGAUACAAGACAAAAUCAUUACUGUGCAUGCCUAUCCGAAGCAGUGAUGGUGAGAUUAUCGGUGUGGCCCAAGCAAUAAAUAAGAUUCCUGAAGGUGCUCCAUUUACUGAAGAUGAUGAAAAAGUUAUGCAGAUGUAUCUUCCAUUUUGCGGAAUUGCCAUAUCUAAUGCUCAGCUAUUUGCUGCCUCAAGGAAAGAAUAUGAAAGAAGCAGGGCUUUGCUAGAGGUGGUUAAUGACCUCUUUGAAGAACAGACUGACCUGGAGAAAAUUGUCAAGAAAAUAAUGCAUCGGGCCCAAACACUGUUGAAAUGUGAACGCUGUUCUGUUUUACUCCUAGAGGACAUCGAAUCACCAGUGGUGAAGUUUACCAAAUCCUUUGAAUUGCUGUCCCCAAAGUGCAGUGCCGAUGCUGAGAACAGUUUCAAAGAAAGCAUGGAGAAAUCAUCAUACUCCGACUGGCUAAUAAAUAACAGCGUUGCUGAGCUGGUAGCUUCUACAGGCCUUCCAGUAAACAUCAGUGACGCCUACCAGGAUCCCCGCUUUGACGCCGAGGCUGAACAGAUAUCUGGUUUUCACAUAAGAUCGGUUCUCUGCGUACCUAUUUGGAAUAGCAACCACCAAAUAAUUGGAGUGGCUCAAGUGUUAAAUAGACUUGAUGGGAAACCUUUCGAUGAUGCAGAUCAACGACUUUUUGAGGCUUUUGUCAUCUUUUGUGGCCUUGGCAUCAACAAUACAAUUAUGUAUGAUCAAGUGAAGAAGUCGUGGGCCAAGCAAUCUGUGGCUCUUGAUGUGCUAUCUUAUCAUGCAACAUGUUCAAAAGCUGAAGUUGACAAGUUUAAGGCAGCCAACAUCCCUUUGGUGUCAGAACUUGCCAUCAACGACAUACAUUUUGAUGACUUUUCUCUCGAUGUUGACACCAUGAUCACGGCUGCUCUUCGGAUGUUCAUGGAGCUGGGGAUGGUACAGAAAUUUAAAAUCGACUAUGAGACACUGUGUAGGUGGCUUCUGACAGUAAGGAAAAAUUAUCGGAUGGUUCUAUACCACAACUGGAGACAUGCCUUCAACGUGUGCCAGCUGAUGUUCGCAAUGUUAACUACCGCCGGGUUUCAAGAGAUUCUGACCGAGGUGGAAAUUUUAGCGGUGAUUGUGGGAUGCCUGUGUCAUGACCUCGACCACAGGGGAACCAACAAUGCCUUCCAAGCUAAGAGUGGCUCUGCCCUGGCCCAGCUCUAUGGAACUUCUGCUACCUUAGAGCAUCACCAUUUCAACCACGCAGUGAUGAUCCUUCAAAGCGAGGGUCACAACAUCUUUGCUAAUUUGUCCUCCAAGGAAUACAGUGACCUUAUGCAGCUUUUGAAGCAGUCAAUACUAGCAACAGACCUCACGCUGUACUUUGAGAGGAGAACUGAAUUCUUCGAACUUGUCAGUAAAGGAGAAUAUGAUUGGAACAUCAAAAACCAUCGUGAUAUAUUUCGAUCAAUGUUAAUGACAGCCUGUGACCUUGGAGCCGUGACCAAACCGUGGGAGAUCUCCAGACAGGUGGCUGAACUUGUAACCAGCGAGUUCUUUGAACAAGGAGAUCGGGAGAGAGCAGAACUCAAACUCACUCCUUCAGCUAUUUUUGAUCGGAACCGGAAGGAUGAGCUGCCUCGGUUGCAAUUGGAGUGGAUCGAUAGCAUCUGUAUGCCUUUGUAUCAGGCAUUGGUGAAGGUCAAUGUGAAACUGAAGCCGAUGCUGGAUUCAGUAGCUGCCAACAGAAGUAAGUGGGAAGAGCUGCACCAGAAAAGGCUGCUCAUCUCUUCGGCUGCCUCUGCCCCCUCUGUCAAUCUCAUGGUGACAGGAGAUGACAGAGACUAACCCUCCAGGUCAGCCGCAGCUGUGAAAUGACUGCAUCCUCAAGAGCCAGCUUCGGUCCCACCACAGUAUUCUUUUGUUCCUUUAAGCUCAAACAGACAUAAAGUCUCAGGGUUGUGCUGGGAAGCAUGCCUGGGCUUUCACCUUGCAGUGUGGUGCCAGCAGAAAGGACAGAGGAGGAGGUGGGGCGGGGAGCACAUGCCCCAGGACGCUCACCUCUCCCUGAUGAACACACAUGGGCUGAGAUGAAGGUUCUGGGCAGCGGGCCACUUGGGUCUAGGACCUGAGGACGGUUGGCCCUGCUCACUCUGAGCUGAGGGAAUGUUGAACAGUGAAGGCGUCAUUAGUGCUGCUUCAUGUUGUGUAUGGCUGUUCUGUUUGUUACAAGCCAAACAACCCCUGCUUUUGCAUCCUCUCCUCAGCUCCCCCUUCUGCGCCAGACUGUCCCAAGCAUCCCAAUUGGUAUUCUGUAGAGAUAUCUUAUUUUUAAUCCUAAAGCUUCUUAAUGAUGGAUCAGAACCUUUAGAAUCGCCUACCUAAAAGAGAAACUAUAUUAUCCUUACAAAAACCAGCCAUUCCCAGUUUUCCCCUAAAAAGGUCGAUAGUAGGAAGACAGCAAAUGUGUUUGUCUGAUUGGCGUUUAGACAAGAUUCAUAACAUUGUAUUGGGAUUGUGGUCCCCCUUUUCAGUUUUUUAAUUCAACCUUCAUUGUAGACCAAGUCUUCUCCCAGAAGGAAUGGAUUAAUAGACUUAAAGUAAGGGUGAAAGGAAAUCUAUAGGUGGAUUUAACGCAAAUGACACAUGAACAUUCAGAACUAUUUCCAACAGUGAGACAUUUCAUAGGACGCAGCAGAGCCACGGAGAAUGAUCACUGACUACCUGUAGCUCUCCUAGUGAUGAGUUUCAGUAUAAAAUGUAAGGUUACUACCAGUGCCAACCUAAAGCCAAAUGGAAAGGUCCCCAAUUUUGGAUUUUUCCUUAAGUGUAAGAUAUAAUGCUUGAAAGGUUAAGAAACAACAGUCUAGGCAGAGAACAGAUAUUCUAUAGAAAGCUAGGUUUAUAGUAGAUAAGAAUAAGCUAUAUUAAAUAGAUGCAAUGACUAGAAAGCUGAGAGACUGAGGACAUGGUAUGCCUUAUCCAAAGAACGCUGGGCCAGAAGCUACACUUGUACCCUAGGUUUGGCACUAUUCACUGGAUGGCUUUAGACAAGUCACUUAACUUCUCCCAGCCUUUUUCCUCAUUUGUCAAAUGAGAUUACACUAGGAAAUUAUUUUCAAACAUGAUUUAACCUUAGAACUCUUUGUUCAAAUAAAUCUUACAAAGAGUCCCCAAGACAUAAAACAUCUAAAAGCCCAAGUCCUCAGUUUGAAGCUGGGUUGGGAGAGCCAGAGCCCCUACAAAUCCUCAUUUCUUUGAUUACAUACCUAGUAGCCCAUAAUUGGGCUCUGAGGAGUUUGAAAAUCUCUGGACCAGAUGAACCUUGAAGUCCAUUCCAGCUCUAAAGAAUCUAAAAUUUACAAACCAGUUUUGUUCUUGUUGUUGCUCGUCAGUGUCAGUUAUUAACUUUACUACUCAGAGGAACAGGGGCCAAGUUCCACCAAGGACAUUUUUUUCCUGGCGCAUAGUAGACAUCUGGGAAAUGUUUAAAGAAUGGGUAGAUUAAAGUACCAAAACGGAAGUAAGGGAAGAGCAGGUACCCAUGCGGUAAAAGGAAGAUUCUAUAUGGGCAGAACUAGAGGAAAAGAAAAUUAUAAACCAGGCAAAUGGGGGGAAGAGAAGGAGGAGAGGGAAAAAGAAGAGGAGGAGGGGAAGCAAAAGAGAACAGCUAACAAGGAAGAGAUGGGGACCAAGGCAGGUGGUAAGAGAACUGAUAAAGGGAAGGUGAACAUCAAUCCAAACAAAGAAAAAUGGCAUGUCUUCCCAAAAAAAUGAGGGUACAGAAUCCUAUCAUCAAUUGCCUAGAAAAGAGAGAAACUUGAGCAGGGAGGGGGUUGACAAAAGAGAGAAGAAAGGAGUAGGAACCCUAAAAAUUAAUGUUCCCAGCUACCUUUUACAGCUGUCUCUGCGGGGAAGACUGGAGAAACUAGAGGAGAGAAUGAGUGCAGGAAAAAUUGCCUCCACGGAGCGGGUAAGAGGAGGUUGUUCAGAUUUAUGGAUUUUAUUAAGCCAGUUUUCUGAAUCACUCUGCUAUAAGGGAAAACAGCUUCUGCCGGGCUGUCUCCCUCCUCCAGGUGAGGAACAAAGGGGGGGUGGAGGUAGGGACAGACUCUGGUCGUGUGUCUGCAGCUCAGAAGCACUGCAGGUGUUCCUAGCUAUUGUGUCACAUCAUGUUUAUAUCACAAGUGGGAAUUGAAAAUCAGUCCAUGUGAGGCAGAGAUGAACCCACAUCUGUCAUCCUCCCCAACGAUAAAUAAAUAAAUAGCCCAGACAGACGAAUGCCAUUGUAUCUAGAGCAAAAUUUGAAAGCAUGUGCUUUAUGAUAAAACUAGACCCAGGGUCCAAUGGAGACUGCAGGUAGCUACACGCACUGUGGCUACCCUGAACGUUGAUGCUGCAUAUUGCUAAGGGGAAUGUAAUUUAUAGCACAAACUCUACGGCUUCCACUAAGGUUGAGUUUUCCUCUCAUUUUCUUGCCGUUUUAUUGGCUUCACUGCAUGGUUGCCAAUAGCAACACCCACUGGUAGCAAGAGCAGCUCAACACCAUUGCAAUCUGCCAUACAGUGGAGCCCUGACAAUGUCAACCAUCAAUCAAGCAGCUGUUUGUAAUUGCCUCCAUCUAUUAUUUCUCCUGUCUCGAGGUGUCUUUCCUAUUGGGGUCAAAAUUCAGAAACUGCUGACUAAUGCCCCAGUCUGUUCCUCCACAACCAUGAAACAGUAGAAAAGAGGGUAGCAGCCUCCCUGGUGCCAACAACCCAGAGGGUUAGAGGUUGAACUCUUGGGCGUUUGAGGUAUUUUUAAUCCCUUUUCUAAUGUAUAACUUUCCACGAAUUGGGGGUAUGUGUGGUUACCCAUAUAAUCUGCUUUUCCAAAAUAGAGAAAUUUUCCCAAUCCUUAUUAUUGUUUACUUCCUAUUGGAGGAAGGCAUUUGAAAUGUGAGCCUUCUUAUAAAACCUACAACUGACCAGAUUAUGUGCGCUUCCUCAGGUCUCUUGGCAUUAAUGGUUGAAAUGACUUCAUCCUACUUUCUCCACGAAGUGUAUUUUUUUCAGGCAGGCUAUUUAUAAUUUUAUUAGUCAGUAUGUGGAGAAUACAUGCACAACCUACAAUGUAACUGGCAAUCCCAGCCAGGAGGGAUGGCUUGGCAAACUGUAAAGGGCACUACCCCAGUGCACAGUGGAUGGGGCUCCCCCAAGCCUGGCCAUCGGCCAGACCUGUUAUCUUGGGACUCUCAGGUCUCGGGUUUUCCACUUAUAAAAUAAAAGCACUGAGUUUUAUUCAGUUCAUUUCUGCACCAAAGGACCAAGCUGUAUUUAACUUUAAAAACUUCUCAAAAAAGAUAGGAGCAAAGAGGUCAUCUCCUCACUAAAGACAAAAUAAAAAGUUACAUAUAUGGAGUAGAUAUAAAAACAACCUUAUCACAGAUAUGUCUGAGCCUGCCUCUAGUGAUCACGAAAGACAUGGUCAUCAGUACAUGGUUAUAGGUACAAAAAUAUACCCUUUUAUUUCAUAACUUUAGAUUAUCUCAUUUCAUAGAUAUCCCAUAAAUGGUAGUCAGUUUAAUUUACAAUUUAUAAAGUGAGUCAAAAGAAGUUAAAAUUGCAUGUGUGCUUUCUGUUUCUAAAAUCUAAGCUGUCUACACAUUUCCAGGUAUUUUAUAUUUGCAUACUCAUUGGGUUGGGUUGGAAAUAAUCUUUAAAAUUUUGUUAGUGAAAUAACAUUAUCUAAUAUUAAUGCUACAAGAAUUCAGUUGCUUUUUCAUGUAUCAAAAUUUAUCAUAUUUGAUCCACUUACCUGAAGUCGUUAAACAGAGUCUGCUCAAUUUACUUUGUGGUAGAAUUACUUUAAAAUCCAUUUUUCCUGCUGACUCUUAAUGAAUUGCACAAAGAUAAAAUACAAUUUCAUCCCCAUUAAUAGUGUGAAAAACUCCUCUCAAGCAGGACAGAAAUCUAAAUAUAUUAAGGGAAGAUUUACAUCUAAAGAAAAAUGUUUUGGCUGGAAGUAAACACUCAUAAAGGAUUCAUUAAAGCAAAAGAGCAAAACCUAAUUUGGGACCCUAAAAACUCUGGCAAUGCCAGUGAAGUUUCAUUGUCUGCUUCAGAAUAACAGUCUCUGAAACUGUUGUUCUGCCGCAUGCUGUAAAGAACUCCCAAAACUCAAAUGUCACAGGAAAUUUAAAGGUUGAGUCUGACUACAAGAAGGCCAAAAUUUCUUAAGUUUCUUAAGUGAGCAAUAAUAGAAUAAAACACAUAGAUGGCAGAAAUAAAGUGGUGUGUCUGGGGAAUUUCAUGUUGAGUACUUGGAUUUAACAAUGCCUGAGGUCCUGCUUACAUUGCUUGUGUACCUUUUCCUCAACUAGUAAUUUGGUGUUGUACAUCUUUUCUAAUUUAAUUUUGAAUGUUCUUGCAUAUUUAGUCCAUCUCUCAACAGUGCUAAAGAUAAGUUAUUUAUCUGUGUAGCAUAUCUCUACCAAUGUCACUGAAUAUAUACACUAGCACAGAAAUAUGUUUGUUUUAUUAAUGAAGUAUUUGCUAUAAAAAAAUGUGUUAUUUCAGGCCACCAUUUACCUUUGUGUUCAUUUGCUGUGUGUGUAUGUGUUUAGAAUGUCGAUUAUUUUUUUCUUUAGACUUAGAUUAAAUCAUAUUUAGAUGAAUUUUAAAAAACACAAACAGCAUUGUAUGGGAACAGGAGUUUAGGUUUUGGCUAAUCUCACUCCCUUGGUGAAAAAUGCUUUUGCCAUUUUAUUUUGAUGUACAAUCAUCUAAAAAGGAUCCCCUACUGAUUUGCUUCCUAAUUAUUAUUGUUUUACACAAAAGAAGGGAAAUAUGUCUUCAACUGAAUUGUCUCACGUCACUCCAUUUGUGUAGAUUUCCCAAGCUGAGGUGUCAUUUUAAGAAUACUACAUUAUAGACUGUUUGCCCAUUUCACAAGCAUCUAAUCCAUGAUUUUGAAACUGCUUUAAGAGACCUAAAUAUCUUUGUUUUUAAUAAAAUGCUUAAAGUUUAACUAAAGCUCUGGAAUAAUCUUUAUUUCUCUUAGGAAGGACGAUUUAAGGACUGAACGAGGCAAGCAUGCAUCCGAAUACCUACGAUUUAAAUUUUGACUGUCAAUUUAGCCCAUUAACCUUGUCCUGAUCUGUGAUGUUUGCCUGUGUGAGAGGGAUAGUAGGACAGCCCUGUCCACGGAGCAUUUUAAAGAUGACAAAAGGGUCUUUGAAUUAUUGAGGUUUUUCUGAAGGGAUAAGAGUCUGCAGCCCAAUGCAGACGGGUUCCUGUGUCUGUUACAGAUUGCUCAAAUUUGCGUGGGCAAUUACACAGGGGGAUCGCAUCGAUGCAGGGCCUCCAGCCACUGAUGCCAUACAAUUACACAACGGCUUCGGUGCUUAAACUUUAAAAUUCUUACACCAUUGUGCCUGUUCUAUUAGAACUGCAGCAAAUGAUCCAAAGCCAAUUCAAAUGACUGGAGAGGAGGUGCUCAGGGGGAGAGGGAAGAGGUGCAGUGUGGCCCCUACUGGCCAGCUUAAGCAAUCACCAACCCCCCCGUGCUGAGGCGACCACAGGCUUCUUUGUGCUUUUCAGUCCAUGCUUUUCAAGUGAGGCCAACAGUUAAAAUUACCUAAUUCACAGAAGGGCCGUGAGGAUUAAUGAGGGAAGUUAGGCAAAGCAGAAUCUGGUCCUGGUACAGAAAGUCCUGCAUAAACACAGGGGCUUAGAGUAGCUCUUUGUUUGGAUGGUUGAUUGAUUUCUUUAAAUGUCAAUAUCCACAGUUGUGCCUUCUCUGGUAAUUCCAUUUAUAAACCAUGUUAUUGUACUCUUCCUAACAAGUUAAUUUAGGUAAUAACACCACAAGCCCCCAAAUAUAAACUACUUGAUCUUUUUUUUAAAGGUAUAUCCAAGAAGGAAAUCUAAUUAAAAUAUUAAUAAAGCUGGAACUGCCAGUGAAAGGAGAAUUCAUAAUGAGGUUAAAUGUCUUACCAUCUGAGCAUAAAUGUUCCCAAAUAUUGAUUUGGUAUACAAUUUUUCCAAAACUCUUAAAAGAUUAAACAGAUGAUCCUAAAAGUCAAUCAGUUACAUUAUCAAUUUGACACUAAUUUAUUCUUUCUGCCUUCUUUAUGGUGGAAGAUUGGGGGGUGGGAAGGAAGAAGCAAGGGGACUGAACCACCAAACUGCCCAUCCUGAAGAAAAUGGCCUAGAAUGAAAGGGAAGAGAAAUAACAGCUGGAAAAUGGUUUUGCAGAAGGUCUUUCUUUAACAAGGAAAUUGACCACAGCUGUGGUUGUUGAGAUGUUCAUAAAUUACCAAUGUUUACCAACAGGAAGCAAUUACAUUUAGAGGAUAAAUAAGAAAACAUAACUUCCAACUAGUUUUAAAAGAGAAUGUCAAAUAGAUUUCACAUACAAAUAGAAUAUGGAAUUUGGUCAUCUCACAUUUUGACAGGCAGAAACAUAAGCAUGUUAAGAACUUUUAGCUCCUAUACAUUUUGCCCGAAUGGAAUUCUUCUACAUGGUAAACAUGCCUCCCUUUAUGCAGCAAAAUCCACCCUGAGCCCAACACUGCUUUCCUAAAGUCUAAUUCCUUUCAAUAAGGCACUAAAUCUUUUUAUUGCAACCACAAAAUUCUUUCUUAUUGCUAGAAAUGGUACAAUACACUAACUUUUUUGAUACAUGCUCCAGCUUUCCAAGAUUCUGUUGGAAACAAAAUGAUCCUUUAUGACAUUUUAUAAUAUUCCACCCCAUUUACUGCUUUCCAGAAUUUCUAUCAUUAAUUAAAGGGCCUUCUUUCACCAUCCCCCUCCCAAAAAAACCCUAAUCUAUUCCCCAACUGCCUGUCACAGACUAAAUAGAAGUCAGUCUAUCACAGCAGCAGGGAUGGUCAUGCCAAUUUCACAGCGUGAUUUGUGCACUCAUUUUAUUUUGCAAAUGACCCUGCCCUCCAUCUGUCUAAGCCGAAUGUCCUGCUUUUUCCAAGCCAGGCCUCAGGAGCAGCAGCACAUGAAAUAAGGAGGAAGGCACAGAACGUCUCCCUCCUGCCCGCUUCAGCAGCCACACUCACAGACAGGUACCAGCACAAAGAGGGGAACCUCAACUGAUGCCUGUAGGGAUUGGAGAAAUUUGGGGGACAGCAGAGAUUCCUUCUAUUUUGCUUACAUUCCCAAGAAGCCAUUUGAAGGUGAAUGCUUUCAUGGUGCGAAUACAACUCUGAAAAUCAGACUGAUAGACUAAAGAUAUAAAAGGCAAUUUCCCAUUUCCAUGUUCUGUCAUGUUACCUUGAUUUACAAUAGCACCUCACCCAAAGUAUCAGGUCAUACAUAAGGAUUUUAAAAUAAAUACUGAGCCUGAGUUUCCAAGAGACAAGUGUAGUCAGGCAGCCAAUAAAGGUGAAGAUCCUC